GUUCCGUGCAAAUACGAGGCAGACCGUCUCUUCCUGGAGCCACCCCAUUCACAUGACCCGAUCAAUGUCUCUCAUGUAGCAGCACUUUCAGCUUCAACGCUUCGUCAGCUCCCUGAGGCCGUGCAGGAUGCUCUAUGGGCGCUUCAAGAAUCAACCUCAGUAAUCUACGCCUCCUGUCUUAGGCUACAAGCCCUCUUGGAAGAGCGAUUUGAACGAUUGACGGCACUUCAAGACACGCCUGGAACAUACUCCGAGGUUCCCUUCUUCAACUACAUCAAUACCCUGUCCGUCGAACGCCCGUACCUGGUCCACGACGCUCAUCCAGACUGGAAGCACAAGGCUCGGCAGACAGGUAUCCUCAGCCCGACCUCCCCGUACGCCAGCCUCCGCCUCACCUAUCGCGGCAGAACCAUCACCAUCGGCCAAUGGAUGCAACGACUCUCAGCCGCAGAAUCCCUAUGGGUUGACACCGCACAGGCGGUUGACCUCCCGGACUUUGAUGCAACCAUCAGGGAGUACCAGAGUCUCAGC